GUACCUGAGCUGAAAUAUUGAAUAUUCGACCAUAUCAAAUUUUGACCUCACUUUGUAUCACAUGUGAAUUAAUAAGUGGAUCCGAGAAGCCAACAAUGUUCAAUUUGUUUUAGAUUUAACCUAUCCAAAAAAGUAGGUCAACUGUCCAUAUAAAUCAGCCACCAUCUUAGCCAAAUAGUGGUUAAAAAUAUAUAAAUAGUGAGUUCUAAAAAUACCCCCAAACACACCCAUAAAAUAUGAUUACCACAAAGAACCCAGCUUUCCCUUUCCAUGGCCGCACUGCACCUGCUGUUUUGAGGCCAUCCCACAUGACUUUUUUUUCACUACUUAAGCUUCGCCGGAAAAACAAAAAUAAAUAACUGAAUAAAAUGUUACGUGUCACCGCCCGUCGACGAAUCCUCAACCGGGCCUCAAGCCUCCAGCGCUGCUUUCGCUCUCUCUGGAACCAAAUCUUGGCUUGCACACUAGGGAAGUCAUGUACUUAUAAGCAGCUACCACGCACCGCCACCAUGUCGUCUUUGUCUCUGGUGGCUUCUGAGAGAGGGUUUGAGACCCCCGACACACCUUGUGGAUGCUAUGAACACAGCAGGGACUCUUCGGACUUGGUCACUUUGAAGAUCAGUCUCUUGGGUGAUUCCCAAAUUGGGAAAACUAGCUUUCUGACAAAGUAUGUUCGGGGAGAGAGGCAAGACGAAGGAUUUGAGAUAUCAAAUUCAGGACUAAAUCAGAUGGAUAAAACACUCUGUGUUGGAGGGGCGCGUAUCGCUUAUAGAAUCUGGGAGGUUGCAGGAGAUGAAACAUCCCAUAAUCACAUUCCAAGUGCUUGCAAAGACUCGGUAGCAAUGUUAUUCAUGUUUGAUCUAACAAGUCGGUGUACUUUAAACAGUAUCGUCGGAUGGUAUCAAGAAUCAAGGAAAUGGAAUCAGACGGCAAUUCCAGUACUCAUAGGGACUAAAUUUGACGUUUUUGUACAAUUACCGAUAGAUGUUCAGUGGACAAUUGCAAGUCAGGCAAGAGCAUAUGCAAGGGCCCUGAAUGCAACACUUUUCUUUUCAAGUGCAACCUACAACAUAAAUGUGAACAAGAUCUUCAAGUUCAUCACAGCAAAGCUGUUCAACUUACCAUGGGCUCCUGAGCGAAACCUCACAAUCGGAGAACCCAUCAUUGAUUUCUAGAUGUUGCUUGGGAUUAAAUGUAUUUGGUUUGUAAGUAGACUAGGAAAUUCUGGAUCCUAAGUAAGAAGAUUGAAAUCAACCGGUUCACUAGGUUUGCAUUAAUUGUCUGUUCCCAGUGAAUAUCCCGAGUUGUUUCAUUUGAAUAUAAUUAAGU